AUGAGUUCGGAAAUUAAAUUUACCGAGGAUACAAUGAAAAAUUUUCAUAUAGCAAAAACAUUUAAUGUUAAUAAAGAUCGAAUUAAUGCCAUGAAUUUUUCAUUAGAUGGUGAAACGUUAAUUAGUAGUAGUGAUGAUGAUUCAAUUGUUGUUUAUGAUUGCAAAGAAGGAGAUACGAAAAAAACAUUAUAUAGUAAAAAAUAUGGCGUGGAUUUAAUUCAUUUUAUUCAUGGAACAGAACAAGUUUUACAUAGUUCUACCAAAGUCGAUGAUGCUGUCAGACUAUUAGCACUUGAAGGAAAUCGAUAUGUCAGAUAUUUUCCUGGUCACACAAAACGUGUUGUUACACUCACUAUUUGUGCAACAGAAGACACAUUUCUUACUGGUGCAUUAGAUAAUACAUUAAGAUUGUGGGAUACGAGAGUACCGAAUGCCCAAGGAAUUCUCACACUUCCAGCGACUAAUGGUGUUAGCGGACGACCAAUAGCAAAUUUUGAUCCAGAGGGAGUGAUAUUUGCUGUUGGAAUCAAUUCAUCGAUGAUCAAAUUAUACGAUAUAAGACAUUUUGAUAAAGGUCCAUUUACAACGUUCCGACCAGUUUUACAACAAGAUCCAACAGAUCAACAAGAACAAUGGACAAAUAUGAAAUUUAGUCCAGAUGGAAAAAUGAUUUCGAUCGCAACAAAUAGUACAAGUUUACAUUUAAUUGAAGCAUUUCAAGGUUUAUCCAUUCACAAAUUUAUGGAUAUAACAAAUGAUACUCAACAACCAUUACAAGCUUGUUUUAGUCCUGAUUCAAGUUAUAUUCUAUGUGCGUCUGGUGAUAAUCGUAUCCUUAUUUAUAAAGCCGAAACUGGUGAAAAAGUAGCCGAAUUACAAACCGAUCACACCGGACCAGUUCAAUCAAUUCAAUUCAAUCCUGCUUUUUUAAUGUUUGCUAGUGCACAUACAAAUAUGUUGUUUUGGUUGCCUAUGAUUGAUAAUGGAAUCAACGAUGGGUCAUAG